AUGACGACUUUUGACGGUCCCUUUACAAUCAAAGGAUAUUAUUAUGCUUUUGGCACUGGCUGGAAACCUCCGAAUUGCCACUUGGGCAGGAGGAAAGAGACACAUGUUUCAGCAAUAGAGGACGAAGAUAAUUAUCUUUUUGAUCCAGACUCGUUGAUGAAUUUAGACUUGAGAGUCUGUGGGAGCAUCUGCAAUUCGCUAGAAAUUUUCAAGUAUAACUACCGCUUACGAACUUUCUGCAACCAACUCGAAGUCGGUCGGCGAAACGCCAGUCAGUCUCUUUUAAUUUGGUUGCCUAGAGCCCCUUGGCAGAGCUACGAAAUGCAGUUCUGCAGGUUUGAGCUCAAGGCAUGGCGCCAUAUUCUUGUUUCGUUCUUUGGAUCCGUCAUUAUGGAUAUGGCAAAUUUAUAUGCGGCAAUCAAUGGCCCGUCUGAGGUCAUCCCGACUUCGCUCCGAGACAGUGACAGUGAGAGCAACCUCAUGAAGGCCCAAAAGGAUCAGAAACAGAUAACGAUACUAUACUGCCUGGAAUGGAGAAUUAUUUCCCAGCGGAAUGUCACGUUAAAUAUGACCCGCGCCCAAACAAGAAGAUUGGUAGCCUUGGGCGUUGCUCAAUGCGAAACAAGGCGGGGAAGACCUAAACACGUCAACAAUGACAACAUCGAAAUGUCGAAAGAUUGA